CGUUUUGAUGUUUUGAAGUGAAAACACAACAGGAAGAGGGAAAUAAUAUCAUAUGUGAUUGCUUCGUGUCCACUGACAGUGCUGAAGCCUAUUGAGUGAUAUAAUACACACUUUUAUUUGUUACAAUUUUCUUACGGACCUUACGGUUCACAUCUUCGAUUUGAAAAUGAGCAUAAGCUAAAUGUCAUAACAUUCCAAACCGAAAGUAGAAAAAACCAACCUGAAAUUAGAAACUACAACCUGUUGAUAACAAAUACUUAUCUGCAUCGAUGAAUUUCAAGGACCCAGUGGAAAACGAGGACACCAGUGUCCCCAGUCUAAAUCUGGAAAUCUUGCCCUCCGAUAUGAUGAGAUUGGUGGAUGGCCCUGAUGCGGAUCAACUAUUUCAUCAUAUUUUUGGUGGAGGGGCUAAUGACAGUAACGACAGUUCUCACAGCAGUCUCAUGUCACAAGGGUCACAAGGAUCACUUGGGAGAUCCCAGCCAUCACCAUUUGCACCAAUAUUGUCCUCAAUACCACAGCCAGUGGAGGCGGCGUCUAAUCCUACAAUGGAAGUUUCUCUGAUCAACUCCAUCAUCAGAUUCAGGUAUGACUCGGAACUGAACAACAGACGGACAGGCAAGGAGGAGCUACUCAAAAUCAAGUUCAGUGGAAUAGAGGGCAAUGUGACCGUUUUCCUCCACACCGUAGAUACUAACAACAAGAAGGCACAUCCCUACUGGUUAAUCGGGGACAAGUGUUCAGAUGGCAUGUUCGUGGCAACAGUGCCGAUCAACAAGGCCAAUAACUAUGAAUGCACCUGCAAAGCCACCCUAAAAAUUCCAAAACGAAACGAAUACCAAACAAGUCUGCAGAAUCGUCGCAGGAAAGCUUUGGAAAUGGACUUUUAUAACAAUGACAUGAAAAAUGAUGAUUAUUGGACAGCUAACAAAAAUAUGAAAGAAUGCCGUGACUUCCGUCUGUAUGUCGAGGCGCAUUACCAAGUGUCUGGGCAACUGUACCACAUGCAUUGUAUAACACCUCCUCUUAGUAAUGCAAAGGAAGGGAAGUGUUUUAUGAUACACAGGAUUAUGCCGUAUGUUUCCCCAGCAAGUGGAAUACAGAACUCCAAGGACUACAUAAUGAUUGUCCUGACAACAGACUCCUACGUCCCUAAAGCGGUGGAAGUGGAGUUUGUUGAUGAAGAAAUUGGAUGGUCAGCAAAGGCGUCAAAGGUCAACAUAAUAAAGAAUUGUAUAGAGUGUGAAGUACCUCCUUAUAAAGACCAAAAUCUUAUAGGAGCAAAAGAAGUGUUGAUCAAAAUAAAUGACAAACAGAAGGCAAUGACAGCAGCCUACAGCUUCAUGUACAAAGAAAAUGAGGAAACACAUACGGCAAAGAAACGGAAGAUGGCAGUGAACUACUGUGCUCCAGCAGACCUACUCCAGGAGUCUGGGAUAAACUUGAGCAGCUCCACUGACCAGCACAGAGCUGUGCUUAAAGCAACAAGGACACAGAAACCAGGUAACGGAGGUUUCAUGCCUAGCCCCAGGGUGUCUCUCAUGACUACACAGACUAGCACAGCUACAACAGAACAAUCCAUCAGUCACUUUGGAGUUAAUGCUCCUGUAGUUGAACUUCCUCAGCUGAUUGUGAAGAAGGAACCAACUGACACAUAUGAAGGAACAUGUGUUUACCAACGCAGCAGCAAUGCUAUGUUCACAGCCGGAGAGGAGGUGACCAAUCUACUUACCAGGGGUCAGGACCCAAACCUGCAGUCCAUUAAUGCAGCUGACCCGACCAGCUUAACAUCUGUGUCCCUCCUACUGCCUAGUGGAUCAGAUGGUUCAGACAGAGAGGUUUCCAUGGAGACUGGCUUCAACAGGCCUGCACCUUCUGCUGCUGCCACCACUGGCAGUGUCGGAGGAAGCAGUUACUCUCAAGUAGAUCAGAUGAAUAUUCAGAAGAUCUUGCAGGAUCUAAAGGCUGGAUCACCAGGACAACGGACAGACCAGCAGGAGGUCAGCGAGCCACAAAAUACAGAUGAAAAUUUAAUUGCUGAAUUACUCCAUAAUUAUCAACAAAAUGCCAUACGAGGUUCUGAUGGGCAGGACAACUCACAGCUGAAUUUUCCAGAUAAUGUAACACAGGUGUUGAACCAGCCGAUGUAUCCCAUCAGUUCAAGCCUGGGAGGUAGAAACAGCACACAAGCCCCAACCCACACAGGAUUCCCAGUUCGUCAAACCUUUAACCCUGCUCUGCAGCGAACCACACAAGACAUCCAGAACAUGCUUUCUGCCCGGCCACAAUAUCUAGGUUACGAGGGCUUUGAUGCCACAGAGGCUGGAGACUUGGAGACAGACGGAUGCUUACAGGCACCAGAUGCUGUCAGGCUCGUAUGGGAGCACACUAAAGGCUCUCAUGCAGAACUGGGUGACUUUUCAGAAACAGAAGUUGACAGCGAACCAGAAUUUCACAACAAGCUCAGUUCAGACACAGAGGGUGAAGACCCUGCAGAGCCAGAGGUGACAAGGGCGGAGGCUGUACUUGUGAAGCAGACACACACAACACCUUAUGUUGAGAUAUCAGGCAAGCACAAUAAAACAGAGUCUACAGCUGAAAAACAGGACACAUGUAACACUUGUAUCAAUAACAUGUCGGACUCCUCAGCUAAUGUUGACAAGGCAUCUGAAGAAGGUGGACAAACAGCAGCUGUGCAGGCUGACACGAGUGAUCUGGAGACAGAUUCCUGCUCAGGUGAGCUAGACAACGAGACUGUAGGCAGUAACCAGAUAGAUCCUGGUGUGUGUGCCAGAGUAGGAGAGGUGGACGGGGAGGCAUGUUGUGAGUCAAGGUCACCAAGAUUGAUUGGUGACGUGGAACAAAAAGUGCCUACCAUACCUCAUAAUGACAAUACCAACAAACCAACACCUCAAGAAGAUGUUAGUGACAGUUUGAAAAGACUGGCUUUAUGAUGUUAAAUAGCAAGUGGAGGCUAAUAUGUCUGUGCUCAUUCCAGUCACUAUGAAGACAGUUUUCCUGUUUACAUAAAGGACAGUGAUUGGUACUUUUGUGUCAUAUAUACAAAGAAAGAGAGUGUGUGGUAAUCAUCUCCAGAAAGGCUGUAAUAUUAAUUUCUCCAUUGUUUUACAUUGAAAAUGAUUGAUAAGUUGACAUGUUCAUUGCCUGUCAUCCUGAUUAAUCAACAAGUCCACUUCUUGUCCUUAUGAUUAUGGGAUGAGUCCACUGCUUUUCCGUGUGAUUAUGGGACUAGUCCACUUCUUGUCCAUGUGAUUAUGGGACGAGUCCACUGCUUGUCACAAGUCCACUUCUUGUCCAUGUGAUUAUGGGACGAGUCCACUGCUAGUCUGUGUGACUAUGGGACGAGUCCAAUGACUGUUGUCACCGUACUCUAUGGGUAAUGGUUUGUAAAAGGUGGAGAAGGAGUUUUUAGGUACCAGGGGGUCUAUUCACAAUAUCGCUUCACAUGAUAUGACCAGGGCCACUUUCAUUAAUUGCAUUCCAAUGUUAUUCAUCCCUGAAAUAGAGACACCUAUUGAUUUGCUGUUUUCUGGCUAGCUUGGCUGAAGUAAGAUAUGGGACGGCUAGUUCCAAGGCUUUUGUAUGCAGCUUAAAAAUAAAACCUAGAGACACAGGGGUGCACAGUUCAACUAGCCCAACACCUGGGGCAAAUAGAUUUUAUGUCGGGACUAGUGAAAUUUUCAAUAUUUACUGUAAAAAUGCAGGUGGGCUAGUAGUCUUAAAACAGAGAUGGUACACCCCUGAGGUACUGGGCCCACUUUUAAACUCUUGAGAUUUCCUCAAGUCUAAGAUUUCCCAUAGACAAUACAUUGCUUGAGAUUUUCCUUAACUUUGAGAUGUUUUAUACAAGUGGGCCCUGUUCUCAGUUCAUCCGUCCCUCCAUCCCUUAAAACUUGUGGUAUGCUGCUAUUUCUUAAGAUAAAGAUAAUCCAUGCAAAUUUAAUUAGGUUAAAAGUACUUUCCUGAUUGACUGAUGAAACCUAGACCACAACUUUCAUAAAUUGUUGCUAUAACUAUCCAUUAAAGUUAGUAUUUGCUAUAACUAUCCAUUAAAGUUAGUAUUUGCUAUAACUAUCCAUUAAAGUUAGUAUUUGCUAUAACUAUCCAUUAAAGUUAGUAUUUGGAUGCAUAAUGGCAAUGCAUUGGCCGAAUCUAAAGAUCACAGACACCAUACAUCUAUCGAUAUGGUACUGGCACUGUCUUUAUUAUAAGGAAUGCCAGAAUAAUCAUUAAAUAAAGUCUAAUUUUUGGUAUGCUGGCAUAAUGGCAAUACUGUGCUCAAGUGAAGACUUAAGCAGAACCUGUGCGUUUUAAUGUGACCCCCCAGCUUCCCUUACCAAUUGAGCUUCAGGGAAACUCCCUUUAACACAUAGCUUGUAAUCAUGUAUAAAAUUAAUUGUCAUAGCAGUAUGGAAUUUAGUAAGGCAUAAUUAUAUAUAUAUUGUCUUGAACAUAGAAUGAUGUGUGUGAAAGUCAUUACCCACCGAACAAUCAACGGAACUAGAUAUUUACAGCACUAACUUUAAACUCCAAGGUAUCACAAGAACUUUGGAGAAUUGUUGUACAGCGUGUGUGUGUUUAAGACGUCUCUUUGUUACGAAAGCAGCUACCUUUUUGUUAUUUUAAGGCAUUUUUUGUGUAUGAUCUUUAAGAUUUUGAUCAUCAUAGUUGUUAUAUAUAUUAAGCACUUUGUUUGCUGAAUUAUUAUGUAAAGGUCCUUAAAUAGUGUCUGUAUGCCUGUAUAAAACAACUCAACUCUUGAGAUUUUCUAAAGUCUAAGAUUUAUCAUAGACAAUACAUUGCUUGAUAUUUCUCAACUUUUAGAUGUAUUAUACAAGUGGUCUCUAGUUCUCUGUUAGAGUACUGUAAUUAUUUCUGUAUGGUAUGGUCUCUAGUUCUCUGUUAGAGUACUGUAAUUAUUUCUGUAUGGCAUGGUCGCUAAGUGUCCUGUUGUGGUACCUUCAUGGUUUUUGUAUCUAUAGUCUCUAAGGUCACGAUAGGGUACCUUAAUGAUAUCUGUUCAGUAUAUUUUUAAUGCUAUGUUGGGGUACCUUUAUAAUUUCUAUUCAGUAUAUUUUUAAAGUAAUGUUCGGGUACGUUGAUCUUAAUAAUUUUUAUUUACAUUAAUUUCCAUCCGCCCAUAAUUGUAGGUUCUUUGCCAAAGAAGGGCACACUUCCUAACAGCACCUCCUCCUUGGAGACGACUGUAUACAAGAUAGCCCCUCCCCAAUCAAAUUACCACCCUCCACCGGUACAAUCCAUUUUGGUGCAGUGUAAAUUAUGCUCUUCAUAAGGUUUUAAUAUGUUUUGCAUGUUUUGUACUGAUUUUCACUAUCAUCAUAUAUUGACCUCAUUAUGGAGAAUGACAGAGGACUAUCAUUAGAGAGUUAUACCUGGGACCAGGUGCCACAAGGUAUACAGUACAUCUCCAGGACUAUCAUUAGAGAGUUAUACCUGGGACCAGGUGCCACAAGGUAUACAGUACAUCUCCAGGACUAUCAUUAGAGAGUUAUACCUGGGACCAGGUGCCACAAGGUAUACAGUACAUCUCCAGGACUAUCAUUAGAGAGUUAUACCUGGGACCAGGUGCCACAAGGUAUACAGUACAUCUCCAGGACUAUCAUUAGAGAGUUAUACCUGGGACCAGGUGCCACAAGGUAUACAGUACAUCUCCAGGACUAUCAUUAGAGAGUUAUACCUGGGACCAGGUGCCACAAGGUAUACAGUACAUCUCCAGGACUAUCAUUAGAGAGUUAUACCUGGGACCAGGUGCCACAAGGUAUACAGUACAUCUCCAGGACUAUCAUUAGAGAGUUAUACCUGGGACCAGGUGCCACAAGGUAUACAGUACAUCUCCAGGACUAUCAUUAGAGAGUUAUACCUGGGACCAGGUGCCACAAGGUAUACAGUACAUCUCCAGGACUAUCAUUAGAGAGUUAUACCUGGGACCAGGUGCCACAAGGUAUACAGUACAUCUCCAGGACUAUCAUUAGAGAGUUAUACCUGGGACCAGGUGCCACAAGGUAUACAGUACAUCUCCAGGACUAUCAUUAGAGAGUUAUACCUGGGACCAGGUGCCACAAGGUAUACAGUACAUCUCCAGGACUAUCAUUAGAGAGUUAUACCUGGGACCAGGUGCCACAAGGUAUACAGUACAUCUCCAGGACUAUCAUUAGAGAGUUAUACCUGGGACCAGGUGCCACAAGGUAUACAGUACAUCUCCAGGACUAUCAUUAGAGAGUAAUACCAGGGACCAGGUGCCACAAGG